AUGUGUGUUCUCGGACUUGAGAAUCUCGGCCAGCGGGACCGUGUGGUAGUCCAUCUGAUGAGACUUGACAGAGCCCGACGGAGUAGCCACCAUCAGCUCUGGGUCCAGAAUGUGUCUUCUGUACACGACGAGCGAGUACGUGCAGAUCGAUCCCGCCAAGGAGAGAUUGUACCAGGGCACAGACGCAAAGAUCAGGGAGGCAGGACUGACGAAUCUGCAAAAGUGCAUCACCGCACCCAGAAACGUGACAAAAUGAGAGAAAAUCCAUAUGUAUUGCAAGCUGUCGUUGGGGAAGAUGUUGAGCACGGACUCGGAGACGCGCUUCCAGGGAAUGCGCGCCGCCAGGUCGGCCAUUUUGUCUAUAAUCCCACUCUUCAUAAUAGCAAAGGUUGA